AUGAUUUUUGACAAAGGAUCAAUGCAAUCAAACCUGGAGUGCUUUCUCGAUUGCAUAACACCUGUGGUCCCAUCCCAAUUUAUUCCCAAGAGCGAGACUAGAAACCUUAAUAGGCUAUGGCAUCCUUGGGAGAGAGAAAAAGUUGAAUACUUUAGAUUGGGUGAUCUUUGGAAUUGUUUUGAUGAAUGGAGUGCUUAUGGGACGGGAGUUCCGAUCAAUUUGGACGGCGGUGAAACCCUGGUUCAGUACUAUGUGCCUUAUCUCUCUGCAAUUCAAAUCUUUACUAGCAAUUCCUCAUUGAAUUGCUUGAGGGAAGAGACUGAGUCGGUGUAUGAGACGAGGGACUCUUUUAGUGAUUGGUACAGCGAUGAGAGCGAGAGCGAAAAGCUAUCGGGAUGGGAUGGGUGUUCAUCUGAGGAAGGAGUGUUUGAGCAAGAAAGCCUCAGGCAUCUGAAUGAUAGAUUGGGCUACCUAUACUUUCAGUACUUUGAGAGAACAACUCCUUACGGAAGAGUUCCUCUCAUGGAUAAGGUAACACGUACCAGUCAAUGUUGCUUUGUGCCCUGUUCUAAAUUUUGA